AUGGCCAUGGAUUGCCUCUUGCUGGCCAUCAUCAACACCGUCUGCAUCGGCGCCACGGCCAUGAUGGUCUACGCGUUCAUUCAGCUGGCGCGGGAGCCCCACAGCAAGGGCUCCAUCGCGGCCUCCCUUUACCUCCUCUUCUCGAUCAGCCUCACGGCCGGCUUGUACACGGUCUACUGUCGCACCUUCUUCCAGCAGUCGGCUCUGUUGGUGCUUAGCCUCCGCCACCGCCACCGGGGCACUCCAUGGCGCAGGCCGGCUUCUCUGCCUGCCGUGUCGGAGAGCGCGCGCCCGUCAAAACGUCAGCAGCGGCGGCAGCGCUCUGCCGCAGUUUCUGGGCCAGGCACCGAGUCACAUGCCCGCGCUGGCCCGGGAUCCACCGGUGCAUGGUGGCGCGCGGGUGGUGACUGCAUUUGGCAUCCCGGCGUACGAGCAGCCGGAGGGCGGCGAUGGGUCAGAGUGCACGAUCUGCCUCGGGGAGGUGGAGAAGGGGGACGCGGUGAAGCGGAUGCCGGCGUGCCUGCACAUGUUUCACCGGCAGUGCAUCGACCAGUGGCUACAUGA